AUGGCCCUUGUAAAAUUUCUAAACAUUUCUGGAUUUAUAAACUUUGAUAAUAUAAGAUUUCAUAAUACUCAUUCCGUCUCAAAGAGUUUUCCUCCCUCCAGUGAACUUUCUUUCCGCCGGAUGAAGUUUCUUUGCCGGGGCAGAGGUAAUUUUUUUGGCAAGACCCAUAUUUCUCUUGACAGAAGUGAUCAAUCAAACGAAUGCAUCCAUUCUCUUGGACAAGGACAAGAACAAGAACAAGAAGAAGAAGCUAGAAGUAGUAGUAGUAGAAGGAUUGAUAAGAGAUUGAAAUUAUGCAUCAAUGGCCUUGAAUCUACUCUCAAUUCUCAGAGCAAAUGGCUUAUGGCUAUAUUUUUUGUUGGUUUCAUCCUCUGGCGUCGUGACGGUCCUGCUUCAUGGGCUGCUAUUGGAUCACUUGUAAACUUUGGACUGUCUAAGAUCUUGAAGAAGAUGUUGAACCAAGAAAGACCCGUUUCUCAUUUCAACAGAUCUGACCCUGGAAUGCCUUCUUCCCAUUCUCAGUCUAUUUUCUAUACAUCCAUAUUGGCCAUUAUCUCAAUGGUUCAAUAUCAUGGAUUCAAUGGCUUCACCAUGCUGCUCUGUCCCCUUAUUUUCUCAUUAGCAUCCUAUUUGUCAUGGCUACGAGUUUCGCAUCAGCUUCACACAACCAACCAAGUCAAAGUGGGCGCAGUUAUAGGAACUGCUUUCUCCAUCUUCUGGCUUUGGUCAUGGGAUGUUUUCGUGUUAAAUGCUUUUAUUACUUAUUCAUGGGUUAGAAAUGUUGUGACUUUAAUGGCAGUUGGUUAUUGUUUAGGCUUAUUCGUUAGCUUUUCUAAGAAUAUCUUCAAUAGAAUACACAAGGCUUAACACAAAGCCUGACACGGUCCAAAAACAAUAUUAAUCUAUGUAAUAAGCAGUUAUAAUUCAGACAAGCAAGUGUUCUUCAUGUAAUUCAGGAACCGAAACAUCUUCCCUCACGAUUCCACUAUAAUGUUCCCCGACAGGAUCCCUAGCCUGAGCAAACAACUCCACAACUGCGGCAACUUCCCAUAAUACUUCUUCAAAAACCAUGCAACAUCAACCGCCCUUC